AAAGCAGCCGCAGUCAAUGCUCCGUUUGCUCGUUUGAAGUGAAAUUUGCAACACUCGUUCAGUACUUUUGUUCGUUGCGAGCGAAACGGUUGUGUUUUGAUGUGAUUAAUGUGAUAGCGAAUAAGGAAAUAAAAGAAUGAUGUCCUUUGUAUGUUUUAAAUUUUUUAUAUAUUUUUAAUAAUUUUACCGAAAGGAUUUAUGUGUAAUACAAUCAUUUAAUUGCAAAGGCACAAAUGUUCUCUUUAUAAUAUAUAAUUAAAAAUUGAGUGCCAUAAUUUUAUUGUGUUUUUACAAAAAGAAAAGAAUUAGCUACCGUGCCACAAAAGUAUCGGAAAUGAUGACGAAAUUAGUUUUUUGUUUGUUUUUGGUAAGGUGAAGUGCGAAGUGCGCGGAACUUGUGUGCUAUUCCAUUGAGCAAAAUUACUAUUUGAAAUUCGGCCAAAAUUAGAAAGAAAAGAUGUUUUACCUCCACAUUAGGAAAAUUGGCGGGCCAAUGUGACGAAUUCAAAAUAAAAAGAGAACAUUAAAUAAAAUUAAAUAAAACAUAAAAUAAAAGUGCAACAACUUUUUUAUUGCAUCAAAGGGUGCGAACGAGAGGGGAAUUGCAAAAGAAUUAUAGUAGAAUUAAGAGCUAUUGUGCAGUACUAGUAAAGUAUUAAAAUGCAGUCCAUAAAAACUAGAGAAUUACCAAAAAACCCACGUGAGGGCGCAAAUGUGAUAUCAUGUCUUUCAUUCUGGUAUACAAUGCCAACCUUUUUUAAAGGACGCAAAAAGACUUUGGAUGAAAAAGAUCUCUACCAGACUUUAAGUACACAUAAAUCAGAAAAACUAGGCAAUAAGAUGUGUAUAUCUUGGGAAAAAGAGUUGGAGCGUAAAACAAAUACAAAAAAGGGUCCCAGUUUAUUAAAAGCAACAAUGAGGGUAUUUGGCUGUGAGUUUGCGUUGCUGGGCAUCGCACUAUUUCUUUUAGAAAUGGGUGUAAGAUCACUACAACCACUUUGUCUGUUGGGCUUAAUUGCAUAUUAUGCUAAUGAUGAAAACGAUAUGCAAAAGGCGUAUCUCUAUGCAGCAGGUGUGUUAAUAUGCAGCGCUCUGAAUGUAAUUAUCAUACAUCCAUUCAUGUUGGGUACCUUACACUUGGGUAUGAAAAUAAGAGUUGGAAUGUGUAGUAUGAUUUAUAGAAAAGCUUUGCGCCUAAGCAAGAACGCAUUGGGCGAUACUACUGCUGGUCAAGUAGUUAAUUUAAUAUCAAACGAUGUUGGACGUUUUGAUUUAGCAAUGAUAUUUGUGCAUCACCUGUGGAUUGGACCACUGGAAACUAUAUUUAUUACAUAUUUGAUGUAUAAUGAAAUUGGUGUCUCUGCUGUUUUUGGUGUUGCUUUUAUGCUUCUGUUUUUACCAAUGCAAGGUUGGUUAGGUAAAAAAACAUCAGUAUUACGAUUGCGUACAGCACUUCGCACCGAUGAACGUGUACGCAUGAUGAAUGAGAUUAUAUCGGGUAUACAAGUUAUAAAAAUGUACGCUUGGGAAAUACCAUUUGGAAAAAUGAUAGCUGACGCACGUAAAAAGGAAAUUAAUUGCAUAAGAAAAGUGUCCUAUAUUCGUGGUAUACUACUCUCAUUCAUUAUGUUCUUAACCCGUGUAUCAAUAUUUUUAAGUUUGGUGGGUUAUGUAUUGUUGGCAAAUAUAUUGACUCCGGAAAAAGCUUUUGUGAUAACGGCUUAUUACAAUAUAUUGCGUACUACAAUGACUGUCUUUUUUCCUCAAGGUAUUUCUCAACUUGCUGAGACUUUAGUUUCGAUAAAAAGAAUAAAAAAUUAUAUGCUCUAUGAUGAAACUGAUAUACGUGCCAAAAAUAUUGAAGAAGAUACUACCAGUUUUAAUGGCAGCAAUGAAUCGACGGUUAAAGACGAUGAGAAAUACCUAGAAAAUACAAAUGAGAAACCUCCUUUAAAUGGAAAUAGUCAUGCAACUCUUUCCGAAGCUGGCAUAAUAAUACACAAAUUGAGAUCCAAGUGGGAUAAAAAUUCUACAGAGUAUACUUUAGAUAAUGUUGAUUUGCGGGUACAACCAGGGACUUUAGUUGCAAUUAUUGGACCAGUAGGUGCUGGCAAAUCAAGUUUGAUUCAAAGUAUACUUGGAGAAUUACGUCCAGAGUCUGGCAGCAUAAAAGUAAACGGUACUUUUUCUUAUGCAUCCCAAGAGCCCUGGCUGUUUACUGGUACCGUUCGUCAAAAUAUACUUUUUGGACAACCAAUGAACAGGAGACGUUAUAAGACAGUUGUUAAAAAAUGUGCACUCGAACGUGACUUCGAACUGUUGCCUAAUGGUGACAAAACAAUUGUAGGAGAACGUGGUACUUCAUUAUCAGGUGGUCAAAAGGCACGCAUUAGUUUAGCAAGAGCAGUAUAUCGAGAAACUUCCAUUUAUCUACUUGACGACCCCUUAAGUGCUGUUGAUACACAUGUUGGUCGUCAUUUAUUUGAUCAAUGCAUGCGAGAUUAUUUACGUGAAAACAUUGUAAUAUUAGUAACACAUCAAUUACAAUUUCUACAACAUGCGGAUCAAAUAGUGAUUAUGGAUAAAGGUAAAGUGAGCGCUGUCGGCACUUAUGACUCGUUACGGGAAAGCGGUUUAGAUUUUGCACAGUUAUUAGCUGAUAAUGAUAAAGAUGAAGUAAUGGAUGAGAAAUUGCGUUCCAGACCUUCGUCAUCGCGGCUGUAUGACAGAAAAAAUAGUGAAACUUCUUUAAUAUCGGCCGCCGAGUCAGUAUUGGAGGAUGCAACAUUACAACAACAAGAAACACAGGAGGAAGGCAAAAUUGGUUUUGAGUUGUAUAAAAAAUAUUUUAAAGCUGGCGGCGGAUUUUUUAUGUUCUUUGUAAUGACUGUAUUUUGCGUCAUAUCACAGGGAUUGGCAUCUGUUGGUGAUUAUUUCUUAUCUUACUGGGUAAAUAAAAAAGGUGCCAUGGAAGCUAGUGCGCAGUUGGAAACAAACUUAGAAAGUAAUGAUACACUAUCGGUUGAUGAACGCGACAACUCAACUUUACUAUUACUUAUCAACGAUUUCGGUGUAAACAUUGAUGCUGAAACUCUUGAUAUAUACCUGUUCACUAUUAUAACAAUUGCCACCAUAGUUAUUACAGUCGCACGCAGUUUCCUGUUUUUCAAUGUUGCUAUGAAGGCAUCGAUUAACUUGCAUAAUUCUAUGUUCCGUGGUAUAACUCGUGCUACAAUGUACUUUUUUAAUACAAAUCCUUCUGGUCGUAUACUUAAUCGUUUUUCUAAGGAUAUGGGACAAGUGGAUGAAAUUUUACCUUCCGUGAUGAUUGAUGUUAUACAGAUCUUUUUAUCACUUUUUGGCAUUGUUAUAGUUAUAGCUGUAGUUAACCCGUUAUUUUUACUGCCAACACUGAUAUUAGCUAUAAUUUUUUAUAACUUGCGCACAUUCUAUCUUAAAACUUCACGGAAUGUAAAACGCUUAGAAGCGAUAACUCGUUCGCCUGUUUAUUCACAUUUGGCGGCUUCUUUAACUGGCUUGUCAACAAUACGAGCAUUCGAUGCUCAACGUGUGCUCAUAUCAGAAUUUGACAACCAUCAAGACUUGCAUAGUUCAGCUUUUUUUUUGUUUAUAUCAACUUCACGUGCUUUCGGUUAUUGGCUAGAUUGCUUUUGUGUACUUUACAUCGCUAUUAUUACGUUAAGCUUUUUUAUAUUUGCACCAACUAAUGGCGGAGAUGUUGGUUUGGCUAUAACACAAGCUAUGGGUAUGACUGGCAUGGUGCAAUGGGGUAUGAGACAGUCCGCAGAAUUGGAAAACACCAUGACAGCUGUGGAACGUGUAGUAGAAUAUGAUGACAUUGAACCGGAGGGAGAACUGGAAUCAAAACCUGAGAAGAAACCACCACCUUCAUGGCCUGAAAAUGGUGAAGUUAUUUUUGACGAAUUAAGCUUGCGUUAUUUUCCAGAUCCAAAAUCUGAAUAUGUACUUAAAUCACUCAACUUCGUUAUCAAACCAUGCGAAAAAGUUGGCAUAGUUGGUCGCACAGGUGCUGGAAAAUCUUCGUUGAUAAAUGCGCUCUUCCGUUUAUCUUUUAAUGAUGGUUCUGUUAUUAUUGAUAGUCGAGAUACAAAUGAACUGGGCUUACAUGAUUUGCGCAGUAAAAUCUCAAUUAUACCACAAGAACCCGUUUUGUUUUCUGGCACUAUGCGUUAUAAUUUAGAUCCAUUCGAUGAAUAUUCAGAUGCCAAACUAUGGGAAUCGCUAGAAGAGGUCAAAUUAAAGUCUUUAAUUGCUGAACUUCCCAGUGGUUUACAGAGUAAAAUUUCAGAAGGUGGUGGUAACUUUAGUGUUGGACAACGACAAUUGGUGUGCUUAGCUCGUGCUAUACUAAGAGAAAAUAAAAUAUUAGUAAUGGAUGAGGCAACAGCUAAUGUGGAUCCACAAACUGAUGCUCUCAUACAAACAACUAUAAGAAAUAAAUUUAUGAAUUGUACUGUUUUAACGAUUGCUCAUCGUUUGCAUACUGUCAUGGAUUCUGACAAGGUUCUAGUAAUGGAUGCCGGGCGAGUAGUGGAGUUUGGUACACCAUACGAAUUAUUGACUGAAAGUGAAACGCAAAUUUUUUACGGCAUGGUUAAACAAACUGGCAAAACCACAUUCGAUAAUUUAUUAAAAGUUGCGCAAAAAGCGCAUGAAAAAUCCUUAAAAGAGGAAUAGAAUCUCACAAAAUCCAAAUUUGAAGUACAAAUUCUUAUUGAAGAAUUUUAAACGAAUUUUAAGUGCCCGCCAAUUAUGGUAAUUAGUAAUAUUAGCAUAAUUGUCACUUAUAUUUACACAAUUUAAGACUAAAUAUAUAAAUUGCUGUCAAGUUUUGUACUGUUAAUUCUAAGAAAAACAAUUUUAUUUAAAAUUUUAUAAUAUACCCAUUCAUUUUA